AUUCCGUAAAAUUCCUUAAAAUUUCGAAGAGCGUAAACUUUUGAUUUAUAAUUCAAAAAAGCAACCAGUUGAAGAAGAGUAUAUUUCAUUUAUUCAUAUCUAGCUUACACAAUGUUUCUAAUUAAAAAGUCAUUAGUACAACCUAUAAUACGAAGCUCAGGAGCUUUAAGUUCUAGGUUGGUAGCUAAACCAACUUCAGCCACUUUCCUUACAUCAUUCAGAAACUUAUUUAUUCAAACUGUGGAAACACCGAAUGAAAAUGCAUUAAAGUUCUUACCUUCUAUAACCAUCUUAGGGAAUGAGAAUGAAACUCGAGAGUUUUUAAGUGGAAGAGAAGCCGCAUGUUCUCCAUUGGUGGUUAAAUUAUUCAGUAUUGAUGGUAUAAAGUCUAUUAUGUUAGGAUCUAACUUUAUCACAGUUGAAAAAGUAGGUAAUCAAGACUUAGAUUGGUCAUUAAUUAAACCAGAAAUCUUUUCUAUCUUAACAGAAUAUUUAACUAAUGGAUCCCCAAUCAUACUUGAAGAUAGUAAAGUUGGUAAUGAUGUAUUGAUCAAUGAAGAUGAUGACGAGGUAGUAUCUAUGAUUAAAGAAUUAAUAUUUACCAGAAUAAGACCAGCUAUUCAAGAUGAUGGAGGUGAUAUUGAAUUUGUUAAAUUCAGAGAAGAAGACGGAACUGUCUUUUUAAAAUUGAUGGGUGCUUGUCGUUCAUGUGAUUCAAGUUCUGUUACAUUAAAAAAUGGUAUUGAAAGUAUGUUAAAAUAUUAUAUUGAAGAAGUCCAAGCUGUAGAACCUAUAGAAGAAUUAGAAAAGCAAGAGCAAGCACAAGAACAAGAACAAGAAGAAGUUAAAUUCGAAGCGGCAAGUUUAACUCCAAGAAGUAGAGAUAACGAUGUGGUCCCACCAAGCUUGUAAAUAGUAUUUUAAUGAGGACAUUUAUUAUAUAAUCGCUUAGAUUAAACAAUUCCCCAUGUUAAUGUAUGAUAUUUUUUGAAUGAAGGAUUGAUCAAUAUUAUAAACACGCUAA